UUUAGGUUCUGUUUGCUAGCUUAGUUUUGCCCCACACAUCACGCUAGUGGCGCUUUUCCCCUUUGUUUUACAUAUAUAUAGAUAUAUCUUUGAACCGUUUGAUAAAGGAUCAUUUCGAAUAGCUCAGCCUUUUGGUUUUCUCGUACGUUUGCGUCGUCAUUAUCGCAUUGGCUAGGCACACACUACAAGCAGUAGUAGUACGCGUUUCGUACGUUCUGUUUUGUGUUGGAAAACCUUCCUUCCACGAGCCGACCCGCCGGGGCCGCCAAGAAACGAGUGCAACCCGGAACAAUAGAGAGUUUAGAAGCGUAGAGCAAUGGCGGGAUUUCUGGCGAUGCUCAAACAGUCGACGCUUGUCCACCUGUGCUUUGCUAUAUCCUUUUUCACCUCCGGCCUGAUCAUCAACACCGUGCAGUGCAUCCUGUACGUAGGGCUAAAACCCUUCAACAAGCGCCUGUACCGCACGAUCGGAUACUACCUGUGCUACUCGUUCUACUCCCAGCUCGUCUUCCUGGCCGACUGGUGGUCGGACACGAAGCUGAUCGUGUACAUUAGCGAUGAGGACAUGAAGUACUGCGGCGUGGAGCACGUCCUGCUCCUGAUGAACCACACGUACGAGAUCGACUGGCUGAUCGGGUGGAUGUUCUGCGAGAAGGUGCGUGUGCUGGGCAACUGCAAGGCGUACGCGAAGAAGGUGAUCCAGUACAUCCCCACGAUCGGCUGGGCGUGGAAGUUCGCCGAGUUCGUUUUCCUCGAGCGAUCGUUCGAGAAGGAUCGCGAAAUCAUCGGCCGGCAGAUCAACGAAAUUCUGGACUAUCCCGACCCGGUGUGGUUGCUGCUGAACGCGGAAGGAACGCGCUUCACCGAGCAGAAACACGAGGCGUCGGUGAAGUUCGCCAAGGAGAAGGGCAUGGUGCCGCUCAAGCACCAUCUGAUACCGCGCACGAAGGGCUUCACGGCGAGUUUGCCGUUCCUGCGCAAAAAGUGCCCAGCGGUGCUGGACAUCCAGCUCGCUAUUAGCAAGGAUACGCCGGUGAAACCAACCAUUUUCAACAUUCUCAAUGGCAAACCGAUCACGGCGCACAUGUGCGUCCGGCGCUUUCCCAUCGAAACGUUGCCGGAGCGCGAAGAGGACGCGGCCGUCUGGGUGCAGGAGCUGUUCCGCGAGAAGGACCGCAUGCAGGACAGUUUCCAUCGGCACGGUAAUUUCUUCACCGACUCCGGUAUUGCCGAGCGACCGCAGGUCACGUUGCACCGUCGGCCGGCCACGCUUGUUAACACCGCGUUUUGGGUAGCGGCCACCCUUACGCCGAUGCUGUACUAUCUGGUGAAGCUGCUGUUUAGCGGCGAGAUUCUGUACUUCUCGAUCGGUGCCGGUAUCAUCUUUGCCUUCUACAUGCUGAUGGUGAAAGCGAUCGGUAUGUCGAAAAUCAGCAAAGCAUCCUCGUACGGUGCGCAAAAGCUUAAGAACGGGCACAGCAACGACGAACACCAGGCGCCGGAACUGGGCGUUGGCGAGCCAUCGAAAACGAAGUAAAAAACCCACCCACCCAUCGGUCGACCAACGGAUGGGAAAGGAUGGGCGAUAUCCUGGGUCGCGUCGUUUACACACCCGCAUACACUAUUUACACACCCACCCAUGAUGGUUUUUUGUGUGGUUGGUCCCACAGAUGAAAGGUUACGCGUGUGAUGUGCGAAGCAGGGAAAAGUCUUUAUACAUUGCAUAGAUGCUAUUAUAUACACGAAUGGUAUACACAUAUAUGGAAGCGCGCUUGAUAGGUUUGGGCAAGGGAGCAAAUGCAGAUGGGUUCGGAAUGGGGCACAUCCUAUAUUGCCCGUUGUUGCGCGAUCCGCGACACAGGGAAUCGAGUGCCAAAUGUAGGCAUCAGGAUGAAACGUACGAAGCAACCGAUGGGGGAGAUGAGGCAAGGUGGUGGGAGUGCGGGAAAAAGGAGGAAACCAUUUUGAGCCACGAGCAGUUAUUGAGGAAUAUUUUAUAACCGUUUAUUUAUUGGAUCCAAGAUCCAGCAACGUAGAAAAAGAAAAAAGAAGAAAAAAACAGAUAGGCGAUACACGAGCGAAAGCCAAAUCAAGCAAAAGCAAACGGAUGGCAAAUUUUGAGACAAAUGUUAUGUGUGUAGGAGACCAAAGCACCUAAGCGCGGACCCUGUAGAUUACGAUGAUUAUGUUGCUAAGGAAAACAAAAACUAAAACAUGCACACACACACACAAAAGCGAGAGCUAGACAUAGGACACACGCGUAUUUGAGAGUGCAUUAAAUGGUGGACCACACAGAGCUGGAUGGAUUUAGAUAAGGGUUCGUCCGUGGAACUACUCGCGCAACCGGAGGAUAAUGUUCGUUUUGCUUUCAUGAGAUUCGAUUUGCAACGUAUGCUUUUAUUGAAGGGAACCAGGAAGACCAGGAUAAGAGAAUCACAGUUGUCGUUUCCAUUCCGCGGUACGGUUUAACUUAUCGUACCUACGAAGGAAACCCUAGUCUAAUUCUGUAAGCCUCGAACACCAUCGAGCUCAGCGCGGUAAGAAGCGUUUGAAAUCGUAUGCUCAACACAACUAACUCAUUCGUUAAGGUGUGCCUCCGAUGGCACCCGGAAACGCACAACCGAUACUACUAUCGCGUCGAUGUUACCGAACUCUUCCCAUGUUUCAUCACUCCAGCAUUGCUAUCUUCCUUUUGGCGAGAUGUGUAGAGUUAAUGUUAAGUUACAGUAGCAUAUUUGAUCGGAAUUCUUCUGUCUGCCUCAACACGGUGGAAUGUUUGGAAUUCUGUUGUUUCACCCCCCACUGUUUGGGUUGAUAUUAUUGCGUUUCAAGAUUGAACUCUUUGCGUGUGGAAUCGUGGAAUGGCGUGCUGUGAAGCCAGAAGUACGACGGAAUAAAACCACGAAAUGUUAAGAAUAGGCGCAUGCUGUACAGAGUGGCAUAUGCGGGAGGAAAAGCACUUUGCAAAAGAAAACUUCCCGUCGAUAACCACUUUCACUAGUUGACUAUUCAAACUCGAAUGCGAUCCUUCUCAAACUAAUGCGGAAAAAAAGGGGACGACAAAAAGAUAUAGUUGGUUAAUUUUAAAGGCUUCCACAAUGGCCGGUCGCGGACGCAGACAGAAAAGUCCUUAGAGCUUCCCAUCAGUGUCGUCGUUUUUGUCAUCGUCGUCGUCUUCGUCGUUGUCGUCUUCACCCUUCGAUGUGGUUGUUUUUCCCUCCGUUCGUCUCCCGGAAAUGAGUGCGUUUUUCUUUUGUAUCUGUUAGAACGUGUUCUAGUGUUAUGGAAACCCCUGUGUGUAGAUUAUCGAGCACCAUGGUAGAGUAGCUUCCCCAUUGUUCGGUUUAGUUCAGGUGUCCUUUGUUGCGUAUGGUGGCAACAGGCAAGAGCCAUCCUGUUUGCGAUUCUAGUGUCCACGGUGGAUGUGUGAAAAAUGUGCUAACAAAUGCUACUAAUUUGAUACCCGUGGCGGAGAGUUGAAAGCGAAUAAAGGAUAGUACAUAAAACGAA